AUGGAGAAGAUGUACGAAGGAGUGGGUCGCUGCAAGUGCUCGUUCUGGUUCGCUGUGGCCCACGACAUACUGGGCGUCUUGAUCAUAAUGGUGGGGGUGUUUGGAGGGCUGAUCAUCCACGAUUUGUUCAUCUACGCUGGGUCCAUCAUCAUUUUCCUCAGCCUGAUCUGGUGGGUGUUCUGGUACUCGGGGAACAUCGACGUGCCACCGGAGGAGCUGGAGGACGACGUGGGAAAGAUGAAGCUGAAGAACCGGGGGAUCAGCCAGGUUGUGAGGCGGGUGUCCCAACGCGUGGCCAGCGGGAUCAGGAGCUCUUUCAGAAGGAGUGGCAGGUCCUCCAGAGCGGACAACACUACAGAUGCAGCUCUCUCCACUGUCUAUAGCAACACCGUCACAUCCUCAUCAAAUGAAUUUGUGAGAGAAUCCAUAUCAAUAUAAACCUACACAUGACAGACUGUAAAUCCCACCAAGAGACGCUCAAUGUGG